AUGCAAAAGUUCGAUAUCACAAAAGAGGACAAGGAUUUGAUUCCUGUAUUAGUGAAUCUGAAGAUGGAGUUGCAAGAGGAACGAGAUUGUCCGAAUUACUUUUUCUUCGCGAAACUGAAGACUGACUCUAAAAGAAUGUUGCUUGAAAUCCCAAGCAAAGAAAAAGAAGAAGUGAGGACAAUCAAAGAGAAUUUGAGAGUUGAAACGGUUCCCGUUCGUCUCGAUGAUGUGGCCAAUGGAGACUCGGAUCUGCCGUUCAAAAUCGUCACCGCUUAUCAUGUGAUCGUACAAAUCGACCUGAUACUCAUGGAAAUUCGACCAAAGAUUUCAUCUCUGGCCGAUGAUUGCAACGAUUGCAUUUGCGCGGUCGAGACAGGCAACUGCAAAAGUGAUAUUUUAAAGAAAUUCACUUACAAGACUCAGCUGACAAAUCAAGAUUACAAGGAUUGCCACGAGCCGGGCAAACUCCCAAGCGACACGGUCAAGGCGGCUUGGAAAAGGUGUUCAUCGGACUACGAGUGCUCGUUGAACUGCACGAAUGCCUAUUACGCUCGGCACAAACAUUUAUGCGACGAAUCGAAUAUGAGCGAGCUGAACGAGCCCGAAUACACAGUGGGGGUGGGAAAACCCGAGUACACAAAGUUGAACUUUUUGAGUGAAGAACUUAUGGUGCUA